AUGGCGUCAGUUGUUGUUGUGACUGCUGGAGCCGCACUCGCCGUUUCCGUUCCAUUCGUCGCGUUGAAAGAGUCGUUGGAGGGAAGAUUCAAGAGCAAUAUGAAGAAACAUUUGGGACAACGUCAUCGUUGUCGCGUCAACUUCCCCGACAUCGAAGACGAGCUAGAACAACAAUAUCAGCACGUCAUGAUGAGAAAGAAGGCCAAUAAUGAGAAAGUGUCUGCCGCCGCCAACUCGAAAUCCAGCUCUUCUGAUGAUGAAGACAACUCCUCAACCAUCAGUUCUCCACCGAGCUACAACGACAUCACCCAACCACCAGCAUACGGCCUAUUCGUGGCACGUGGCAACUGA